AAGUUUGAAGUUGAAGCUCAACUCAAGAGAAGUCUUGAAUCUACAAGGUGAAACAAACAAAUAAAGGGACAAAAGAUUCUGAUUUUGCAAAGGCCCAUAUUUUACAAAGUUAUACAUAACUAGUUCCUAUUAAUCAAAUCCCAUCAACUAUUGUAAAAGAAGGGAGAAAAUACAAAGCCUAAUCUAUUCAAAUUCUCUUAAAUGCUGAUCCACUUAAGCAUUGCAAUCUGACCUUCUAGUGUUUUUACUUUAUAUUCUUCUAAAAUAAUUAUAGAAGAUGAAGGUUGAAGAAUAAAGAUGGAUUAGAGAAGCUUCUACGAAUGAAAUGACUUGCACAUUGGAGGGUUUUAGAAAGGUGGAUCCGGACCGUUGGGAGUUCGCCAACGAAGGAUUUCUCAAAGGCCAGAAGCAUCUACUCAAGACCAUAAAGCGAAGAAGGCCACCCCCCCACCCACCAUCUCAAAACACAUCCCUCACCCCAUACCUCGAAGUAGGAAACUUCGGGCUCGAUGGAGAGAUUGACAGGCUAAAGCGCGACAAGAACAUCCUAAUGGCCGAACUAGUUAAACUGAGGCAGGAGCAGCAGAACACCAGAACUCAUCUCAAAGCAAUGGAAGAAAGGCUCCAAGGCACUGAGCAAAAGCAGCAGCAGAUGAUGGCCUUUUUGGCACGAGCAAUGCGGAACCCUAAUUUCUUACAACAGUUAGCUCAACAGAAUGACAAGAGAAAGGAGCUCGAGGAAGCCAUUUCUAAAAAGAGGCGGCGUCCUAUAGAGCAUUUUCCUCAUUGUGACGUAGGAGGAAGCAGUGGGGUGCAGUUUAAGAAUGAAGGCGAACGACUGAGGGGGGUCUACGGUGGGUGUGAAGUCCCGGAGCUCGAGAGUUUAGCGUUGGAGAUGCAGGGUUUUCGGAGCGAGGAGAACAAGGAGCAGCAAGAGGAAGUGGAUGUAGAGCUGAAUGACGAGUUCUGGGAAGAGCUUUUGAACGAGAAUAUUGGGGAGGAGAAGGGUGGGGCUGAGUUUGAGGAGAGGGGUGAUGAUGAUGUCAAUCUGUUGACUGAGAAGCUGGGAUAUAUGAGUUCUACUAGCCCCAGAUAAGAGAGAGCAGGAUUUGAGGCAGGAUGCCUGUGGCUGUUUGUUGUAGCACUUGGAACGCUGAUUCAGAUUAUUACUAUUUUGGGCUGGUGGGGUGGUCUUCAGGCUGUAGUCCUGGACGUUGCCAUCAGUUCUCAUGUUGUCUUGCUUUAUGCUGUAGAAGUGAGCUUAAACGAUCUUUGUUAUUGUGCUAACAGAUCCGUAGUCGUUGUAUAUUGUAGGCUAUGGGCUUAGCAGUUAUGAUAAUGUUUCUGUACAUUUUGGAGAUAAUUUACGACAGCUUUCCUUUGGAUUCUA